AAGAAGAAGAGAAGGUACCGCUAUCGUUACACAGAGCCUGAAAAAGAAAAAGCAAGGCGUUUUCUCAAGAAAUACAACUAGAAUUGAAUUUAAACGCUGACUGAAAUACAGUUGCGAGCUUAGAAAUAUUAUCAACCCCGGCCCCAGUUUGGUCUGGAUAUCCCCUGGAGAGAAAUCCCAGCAAAAUAGACAGGCCUGCGCUGCCCUCUGCCACGUGUGUCUCUCUCUGCGCCUUGUCUUGGAUAUCCUGCCGUCCGGAGGGAUAUGGAUCCUACGGAGUGUCCGCUGUGUUUGGAGCCACUGGAGAUAGAUGAUGCCAACUUCUUCCCCUGCACCUGCGGCUACCAGAUCUGCCGCUUCUGCUGGCACCGUAUCCGCACGGACGAGAACGGCCUCUGCCCUGCCUGCAGAAAGCCUUACCCAGAAGACCCAGCGGUGUACAACCCCCUGUCAGCGGAGGAGCUGCAGAGGAUAAAGGAUGAGAAGAAGGCCAAACAGGUGGAGAAGAAACUGAAGACGACAGAGAACAGGAAGCUCCUGGCCAGCGUCAGAGUGGUGCAGAGAAACCUGGUGUUUCUAGUGGGGCUGUCGCAGAGACUGGCCGACCCUGAGGUUCUAAAGAGACCGGAGUAUUUUGUGAAGUUCGGGAAGGUCCAUAAAGUAGUCAUCAACAACAGCACCUCAUACGCCGGCUCACAGGGCCCCAGUGCCAGCGCCUAUGUCACUUACAUCCGGUCAGAAGACGCCCUCAGAGCAAUACAGUGUGUCAACAACCUAGUAGUAGACGGCAGAACACUGAAGGCUUCUUUAGGGACGACGAAAUACUGCAGCUACUUUCUGAAGAGCAUGGGGUGUCCCAAACCUGACUGCAUGUAUCUACACGAGCUGGGGGAUGAUGCAGCCAGCUUCACUAAAGAGGAGAUGCAGGCAGGGAAGCAUCAAGAGUAUGAGCAGAGGCUGUUACAGGAUCUGUACCAGAACCCCACCGUUACCAGCCAGACCUCAGGAGGGGAGACGACCAGGAGCUCGAAACCCAGCUGUUUACAGAGAUCCAACAGUAACAACAGUCACGGACAAGACGUGUGGCCCACGUUACAACCCACGGGGAAAACAACCAACGGUCUAUCGGAGCACCGUAAGAGCCCGCCGUCGAACGGCGGCGGCUCGGACUCUGAACACGUGACACCGGAUGGACCAGAACGUGACAUCGGUCUGGCCUCUGUGACUGGCCUCUCGCUCUUCUCCUCAAGCUGUGACCCUCCCAGCCCCAGUGACGCUCUGCCAGACGUCAUCAGGAGCAGUGACACGCAACACGGAGGCUCCUCAGAACGGCACAACCUGCUCCCAGACAGUGACUCUCCGUCGCCCCCUCCUGUCCUCUCCGGCCCUCCUGGUUUCUCCAAAGCCAGCCAAGUGGUUCCCGUCAGUGUGACGAGCCGGUCUCCCUUUCAGGGGGCUGCCGCCGAGUCCCAGUCUCUGUUCUCAGACAACUUCCUCCAUCCUAACCCCAUCCCCAGCAGCCUCCGUGGGUUCCCCAGCACCUCCACACAUAACAACCACGACACCUGGCCCACUGCACCCCAACCACACAGCCUUUUUACUUCAGAUACCAUCCCAGUAUCGUCCUCAACAGACUGGCAGGCAGCGUUCGGCUUCGGCUCAUCCAAACAACAGACGUCAGAAGACGACCUGGGAUUUGAUCCCUUCGACAUCACCCGUAAAGCCCUGGAGGACCUGAUAGAGAAGGAGCUCAGCGUUCAGGACAGCCUCCCGUCCCUCUCCAUCUCCCCAGGUCCCUUCCCCUUCCACCACCACCACUCACUCCUCUCUUCUGUACCCACCAAAGCUGGCGCUGGUCCCCCUGGAGAGCUGAUACCCCGUAACCACUUCUUCUCUGGGCUGAACUCUGGUCUGUCUAGUAAUCACUGCUACUCCCAGAUGCACCAACACCCUCAACAACGGGAUGUCUAUAACUCCUUCAGCUUCCCCGGACAGCCUCUGCCUCCAUCAUCAUCAUCAUCAUCAUCAUCGUCUUCAUCACAGACCGGCCGUCCCCUCUGGAUGACGUCCUCCGCGGCUGUAGGCUCGGCUCCGACGCGCAAUAACUUCACCACGCACUUCGGCGGAAACCGCCCGGCGUCACAACACAGCAGCUUCCUGGAUCUGAUGCUGCCCAGUAUGCGUCACCACAGUACAGGGCUGGGAGGCAUCGCCAUGACAGCAGAAAGCAGCAUUGGUGUUGUCAGAGGUUCACUAGAACAGCGUAGAAACAUUAAAGAGAACCAAGACGCCCUUAGAGCCCUACUGCCAAACAUCAACAUCAACUUUGAGGGGCUGCCGCCCAACUCCUCCUCUACCUCCGCCUCCUCUUCUUCGUCCAGUGUUCACCACAUGGGGGCACCGCUGGGCUUCGGGCCGGGGGCCAGGUCAGUUUCGGGACUGCGGUCUGGUGGUCCGGGGGACAUGUCACAUAGCCUUAGCUGGGACGGGAGCUAUGGGACGGGCACCACCAGCUGGAUGGAUCCAGACAUCGUCACAGGUAACUGGAGCCUGUAGCCUGAUCUGUAGCCAGGCACUAGUUAGAAACCAAUAGUCCUGUAGCAUGAUCUGUAGCCAGGCACUAGUUAGAAACCAAUAGGCCUGUAGCCUGAUCUGGAGCCAGGCACUAGUUAGAAACCAAUAGUCCUGUAGCAUGAUCUGUAGCCAGGCACUAGUUAGAAACCAAUAGGCCUGUAG